UGACGCCAGUCGUUGCGUGAUGGAAGAAGCGUUCGAGUUCGACGCGAAACUUUUGAUAAGGGCCGUCUCCAGUCGACCCACUCUCUGGGACAGGAGACUCGAGAGCUACAAGGACCGAACUGAGGUCGUCAAGUGUUGGGAGGAAGUCUGCAGGCUGGUCAAUGAAGACUAUGAAGCUUUACCACCUGAAAAGAGGAGACCGUUUCAAAAAGACGUUAUAAACAGGUGGAAAUCCUUCAGGUCUGGCUACAGGAAAUCCCUUGUAAGGUUGAAGAGACUUCGGAAAUUGGGAGUCCCUGAAAAGAAAAUGAAAAAGUAUAAUUACCACAAAGAAAUGGAAUUUAUGCGGAAAGUUUUUGAGAAUUCCGGGGAGACUGAAGACACUAAUAAAAGCGAAGAUAGCUCAGAGGAUUGUGUUGAAAUUAAAACUCAGGAUCCAUUGCACUGUGAUCUACCUACUACUUCCCACAAAACUCGGGCAUUCAAAACGAGAAUUCCCAAUGUGAAACACAAGCAUAAUGAAUUUCCCAAUGUGAACCACAAACCUGCUGAAUUUCCCAAUGAGAACCACACGCCUGGAGAAUUUCCCAAUGUGAACCACAAACCUGCUGAAUUUCCCAAUGUGAACCACACGCCUGGAGAAUUUCCCAAUGAGAACCACACGCCUGGAGAAUUUCCCAAUGUGAACCACAAGCCUGGAGAAUUUCCCAAUGAGAACCACACGCCUGUCAGAUUUGAAGUGAGAAUGCCGGAGACGGUAGAAGAAGUCCCAAACAGACACAUGGCUUUCAUGCAAGGACUGGUGCCAACACUGGACAAUUUCACUGAUGACGAAGUCCUGGACUUCCAAGCUGGGGCACUGGCCUUGAUUCAAAACAUAAAGCGUGCUCGGAGAAUAUUAGACCAUAGGACCAUAAAAUAAGCUCCAUAAUAAGCUGAACAACACCAGGCUCCUUGGAAUAUUGAAGCACUCCUCAGCAAACCCAAAAGCAUCAUUCACUGCUCCUCAGUAUUCCCAGGAAGUCUGUUAGGCUCAAUACUUCAGUGACAUCCCUGAUGACAUAACACCGUCUCCAUCUUCCUCACCAUUCCAGAACAAUGAAUAAUUUGGCUCAGCUCGAAAUUAUGAUGACUAAUGUAAAAUCUUUCAAUAAAUACGUAUUUUUUUUACUUCAUUUCAAGCGUUUACUAUGUUGUAUCUCUAUAUUUCAAUAAAAUGUUGAAUAUUUAA